AUGUCGACAUUGGGAGGUGACUUGGAACAAAACGCGCUGAUCGACUUGGACCCUCUCGUGGGGUGCACCGUCCGUCACCUGGUGGCUCUUCGGCAAGGCCACACGAGGACUCAGGUGAAUGAGUACAAAAACUCUUCUUUUUUCUGUGUCAUUUGGACCAAUAGACGUGAGGAAAGGGCAUGGAAGGAGGAUUUGUGCCAUGCCAUAUGCGGUAACAAGUGGAGUGAUGCGAAAGCAAUUCUCGAUCAAAACCCUAAUGCUUUGACUUCAGUAGUUUCUCAUAAUGGCAGAACAACACUUCAUGUGGCUGCAAUGAUUGGGCAUGUGACCAUAGCGGAGGAGUUGCUCAAAUUACUGCCUCCACAAUUCCUUCUAACUCUUGAUUCUGACGGGAAUACAGCACUUGUAAUGGCUAGUUGGUUCAGUGGAAAUACUGAAGUAGCAAAAUGCCUCGUAAGCAAGAACAGCCGCGUGCUUGAAAUUCCAGACAUGGUUGGUGAUCUUCCUGUUAUAGUGGCUUUUGCAAAGGGUUACCAAGAAAUGGGACGUUAUCUUUAUUUCGUCACUCCAAUGGAAUGCCUCACAGGCCGUUGGGGUUCUAGGCUGCUUCUUCAUUGUUUACAUGCACAAUGCUUUGAUAUUGCGCUGAAUUUGCUUCAACAAUGUGAAGAAUUGCUUUUAGUGCCCUUUAACAAUUUAGGGACGACGCCUAUUCGUGUGAUCGCAACCUUGAACACUGCUAUUCGUAGCCCAGGGGAACUUAUCUUUUGGAAACGAUGGAUAUAA